AUGGAACCCCUACGACACAAUGGAAAAAAAAUUUCAAAGAUUGUGUACUCCCCACAAUUAAAACACGUUGCGACAUGGAGUGAUGAUGAUAAUUCAGCUUGUAUAUACUCUAUUGAAGAUCAAAUGAAGCUGGAAUUUAAAGAAACCUUUUCUCUAGAAGCUCAAUUAGAAAAUGAUUUACUUUUUACAUCAAAUCGUCAAAAUUUUACAUUAGAAUGGACAAAAAAAAUUUUAGAACCCUGCGAUAGUAAAAAAGAUAUAAUUGAAAGUAAUUUCAUAGUUGGAAAAGGAAAUAAUAAAUUUGUACUUAUAAGAGGAGAUAAAAAAAAUUAUGACGGCAUGAACAAAAUAACAGGGUCUAUAUACGAGUUAUGUGGAAAACUGAACAAGAUAGUAUUUACAAUUUCAGGGUAUAAUUAUUUCAAAGACCAUAUCAUGCUUAAUAAUAAUGGGCACAUUUUUAUACACAAACAUGAUACACAUAUUAUCAUGGGAUGGAACAUUAUAAAUUCAGAUUCUAUUUGUCAUCUGACUACUGAAUGGGAGAUUGGUUAUUCAUUAGAUUAUGAUAUAAAUGAAUGUUAUUUUCUUUCAUUUGAAGGCAAAGAGUGUUUACUCGUUAUAUGUGAGCAGGAGCAGAAGCAUUUCUAUUUGUUAGAUUCCUAUACUUUUACUGAAGAAUGGCAAAAAGUAACAGAGGUGGAACCGCCAAAAUUAGAAUUAAGCCAGCCAUAUUUAAUUAACUACAAUUGUAUGGUUUUUAGUACUGAUGAAACCGAGAAGAAGGAUAAGCUCGAUGAAAUAAACUCUAAUAUGGUUUAUAAAGAAGUUAUAAAAGAAGUUAUUAUGUUUGAAAAAAGCAAGGAACGAUGCAAAUUAGAAUUUUGUGACAAUAAAUUGCAUAUCAAACUUGUUAAUGAUGAAGGAAGAGAAUUUUUUCUUUUUAAAGAUGAAAAAAAUGAUUUUAUUAAAUGGAACAUUGAAUUUUCUGAGGAAUCUGAGGAAUCUGAGGAAGAAAGCAAAUCAGAAUGGCAUGAUAAAUGGGAUAUUAAACUUGAUAAACCGAUUUUAUCAUCUAAACUCUUAAAAAAUAAUAAUUUAUUAUUAAUUACGUCCGAUAGUAUAUUUAUUGGGACUAAGGAUUCUAAGAAAAAUUUACCAAUACGAUUACAUUAUUUUUGGAAUAGGAAUAAUUUAGACACUAUAGAUUCAGAAAUCACAAAUAAGGCAAAAGAUCUAGAGGUCAGAAAAAUGAUUGAAGAAAUGAUUGAAAAUUAUAUUAAUUCAUCGCAUAAAUUAGGUCUUUAUGGAUGUUGGUUAAUAAAACAUUUAUUAGAAUAUGGAAAAUUCGAUACUAUUGAAAAGUUACUGAAAAAUAUAAUUAAGUUUACUAUUCAAAAUAAGGAUGAAAAUUUUAUUUCAAACCUUCCAUUAAUGGUUAUAGUUGUUGAUAAUUUUAAGAAAUUAACUCGAUAUUCUGAGUUUAUUAAUUGGUUUUUAUCUAGAAUAGCUUUUUAUGUACCUGAUAACGUACUUUCUGAAAUAAUUAGGGUUGAUUCUAGUUCUAGUCAUCUUCAUGAAUUUGGCGAAUACCCAAAUUUUAAUAAGGUUUCUUUAACUAGACUUAAAAUGGAAGAAUUUUUAAAUCACAAAAUUUACAUAUUAAACAGCAUGCUAGGAACUGUGAGGAAAAUGUUAAACCGUUAUUAUUUUCUGGAAGACCAAAAAAAUACUACCGUUAAGUUGGUUUUUCCUUUAUUGGAAUUUACCAAUUAUUAUGAAUUUAACCCUCCUUUUGAAUAUUCAACAAAGACUAAUUUAUAUGAAUUAUGGAUUGGUGAAGCACUUCUUAAUUACAAAUGGAGUACAUAUGGAAGUCUUUGGCACUAUAUUAUCUUAUUAACGAAUAUAGUGUACUUUACUUGUUUUGCAUCGGCUCUUCAUUCUAUUGCACGAGUUUUUCGACAACUUAAUUUCCUUCAACUCUUUGAAACAAACACAGGCUGGGUAUUUUUUGUGUUUAAUGAAUAUGUUGAUUUUGGUGCACUUAUAACUUUUACGAUUUUAUUACUUGAGUUAAAACUUUUAUUUAAUCUUCAUGUUUUGGAAUUUUUUGGAAUUGAGUUUGCAAUUAUAUUUGGUGUAUUUAAUGCAGUGCGUUCCUUCCCUAUCAUCCUUGGACUCUAUAUACUUGUAUUCACAAGUUCUUUACAUAUUUUAUUAAGUUUAAGUGCUAAUUCAAGUGCUUCAAAUGUUUCAUGGAAUUUAAUAGAUUACAUUGUUGCUUCAUAUUAUACAUUGACGGGUUCCUUUUUAUGUUAUAAAGCUAUGACUUUGUAUAAGUUAGAACGAACUUUUAUGCAGACAUUACCUUUUACAAAUCCAUAUAAAGAUCCUUUUCCAGAUAUUUUUUUUUUUGAAGCUCAUCUUGAUGAACUUUGUAAAUUAGUAAGACAAAUCCACGACAAUACAUGGCCGGGUCUUUAUAAGCCUUAUAUCUCUCCUGAGCUUUUGAAAGCAAUCCAAAUGAAAUCUAUAAAACUUGAUCAAGAUGAUGAUUUUGAUGAAAUUUCUGAUGAAGUUCUAAAUAAGAAAAAAGAUUGA